AUGCUCCUCCCCCGGCUCCUCCAACCCGCAGCGGCCCGUACCCUCCGCCGCGCCGGCGGCGCCCUGUCGACGACAACGAAGACAGCUGCCGGACCAGGGCAGCUUCGCCUCCGAGAUUGGGUUCCGCGCCGUACGUUUACGACAUCGCGUGCGCUUCGAGAUGACGUCGCUUCCGCGAACCACUACGAGACCUUGAAGGUCGCUCACGAUGCCUCGCCGUCUGAUAUCAAAAAAUCCUUCUACGCCCUCUCCAAAAACCACCACCCAGACCACAACCGCGACGAUCCAAACGCAUCCCGCAAAUUUCACGCAAUAGCAGAAGCCUACUCCGUCCUCGGCACCCCCGCAAAACGAGCAGCCUACGACCGCUCCCUCCCCUCCUCCUCGCAACACGCCCACCACGCCGGCGGCCACAGACGCGGCUCCUACCACAGCAGCUCAGGCCCGGCAGGAGGGCGCCCGGCAUCAGGCCUUUCCCGCCGGAAGACCACCUUCCGCGGCCCGCCCCCGAGCUUCUACAGGUCCGGGGGUUGGGGCGCGCAGUCGGCGAAGAGAAGGGAGGCCCAUGAGGACUCCACCGGCACCGGCGCAGAAAAGGAGCAACCCGGGAUGGGCCCCGGGUCAGAUCCAUACAGGCACACGAGGUCCGCCGCGCCGCGGCACUUUGACCCGCAGACACAUACUCGGACGCAGCAGAGGCAGGAUUCGCGGCGGUCGCAUAGGAUCUUGGGCACCCAGGUCCCCACCGGACCGCAGGAGACGUCUGUGGGGGCGUUCUUGGUGGUCAGCGGUAUCUUGUUCUUUUCCUUUUUCAUACCCUAUGUUGCUACUGGCGGAUUGCGCCGGAAGAAGAAAGAUGCAAAAUCAUAA